CACCGGGUCAAGGUCGUAUGUCAUACACUGCGGUCAUGGCAGAAGAUGCUACGAAAGUUGUUGUGCCUCAGAUAGAAAACCUACUUUCCAGCGAUGGGUAUCUUAGAGAUUUUGAAAAGGAAAUACGGCGAAGAUAUGGCUGUUUCCAGGACUUAGUGAAGCGGAUAGAUGAAAAUGAAGAUGGUCUGGAGAAAUUCUCGCGUGCGUAUCAGAAAUAUGGAAUUCAUCGAGGGGAAGAUAACUCCAUCAAUAUGUUUGAAUGGGCCCCCGCAGCAGAGGCGAUCUAUCUUCGAGGAGACUUCAAUGACUGGAAGAUUGAAGAGAAAUAUUCCUUCAAGAAGCUGGACUAUGGCAAGUGGGAGCUGCACAUUCCCCCCAAUGCGGACGGGUCCUGUCCCAUCAAACACCUCUGCAGGCUGAAGUUGGGCAUUAGAACAAAGAGUGGAGAAGUUGUGGACAGAAUCUGCCCGUGGGCUUCCCGAGUGGACAGACCGAAGGAGGUGGCCAUCUACGAACAUGUGUACUGGGACCCCCCUCAGAGUGAGAUUUAUGUACCGAAACAUCCUCGACCGUUCAAACCAGACCGCCUCCGCAUCUAUGAAUCACAUGUUGGCAUUGCAUCAUGGGAAGGCAAAGUGGCGACAUACAAGGAAUUCACUCAGAAUGUCAUCCCAAGAAUCGCUGACUUAGGGUACAAUGCUAUUCAGCUGAUGGCUGUCAUGGAACAUGCCUACUAUGCCAGUUUCGGCUAUCAGAUCACAAGCUUCUUUGCAGCCUCCAGUCGUUACGGAUCUCCUGAGGAUCUGAAGGAACUGGUUGACGUCGCCCACUCCCAUGGCAUCGUGGUCUUGCUCGACGUUGUACACAGCCAUGCUUCCAAGAAUGUAGUUGAUGGAUUGAAUCUGUUUGACGGCUCUAAUGCAUGCUUCUUCCAUGAUGGUGGGCGUGGCACUCAUGAUCUGUGGGACUCCAGACUAUUCAACUACACAGAGUGGGAGGUGCUGCGAUUCUUGCUGUCAAAUCUAAGGUAUUGGAUCGAGCAGUUCAGUUUCGAUGGGUUCCGAUUUGAUGGUGUCACAUCCAUGUUGUACCACACACACGGGAUGGGCCAUGGAUUCACCGGCCAUUACAUGGAAUACUUUGGUAUGAACACAGACACAGAGUCACUGGUGUACCUGAUGCUGGCCAACUAUAUGUUGCAUUCUCUUUAUCCAUUCAUCAUCACAAUAGCUGAGGAAGUGUCUGGGAUGCCGACGCUGUGCCGUCCCGUGGAGGAAGGGGGUGGGGGAUUUGACUACCGAUUGGCCAUGGCUCUUCCAGACAUGUGGAUCAAGUAUUUGAAAGAGAGCAGCGACGAAGACUGGAAAAUCGGUGACAUGGCCCACACACUGGUGAACCGACGUUACGGGGAGAAGUGUAUCGCCUACGCAGAGAGCCACGACCAGGCACUGGUGGGGGACAAGUCGCUGGCAUUCUGGCUGAUGGACAAGGAAAUGUACACACAUAUGUCCACCAUUUCAGAGCCGAACCAUAUUGUUGAUCGAGGAAUUGCCUUACACAAGAUGAUCCGACUGAUAACGAUUGGACUGGGUGGAGAAGGUUAUUUGAAUUUCAUUGGCAACGAGUGGGGACAUCCGGAGUGGCUGGACUUCCCCCGUGUCGGCAAUAACGAGAGCUUCCACUACUGCCGUAGACAGUGGAACCUGGUAGAUGACAAGGUUUUGAAGUAUCAGUUCCUCAACAACUUUGACCGUGACAUGAUCCACCUGGAACAGAAGUAUGGUUGGCUCAGUCAUUCUCAGAAUUACGUGAGCUGUAAGCAUGAAGGUGACAAGGUGAUGGUGUUCGACAGGGCAGAUUGUCUUGUUUUCAUCUUCAACUUCCAUCAUGACAAGAGCUACACGGACUACAAGAUCGGUGUUGGAGCUCCGGGAAGAUACAGGAUAGUGCUCGACUCAGAUGCCGAACAGUAUGGUGGUCACAAGCGUCUCAACCACGACACAGACUUCUUCACCAAGGAUGAGCCGUGGAAUGAACGCCCUCAUCAUACCUAUGUGUACAUCCCAUCUCGAGUGGCCAUUGUCCUGGCAAAGAUGGACUAACAUCAGACUGUGCGUUUAUCUCAUUAUUAGUGGCAAUUGUCCAGGCAAAGGGUGACUCAUGUCACAUUUUGAGUCAUGCCACUCAGUGGCAAAUUUCCUUGCAAAGGUGGACUAACUAACGCCAGGCUGUGUUCUCAGCUGGGACUGUGUAUGUGUUUAUUGUGAUGCAGGGUUCGCAUGGAUUCCCAUGAGGCUUAAGAACACUCUACUUACUUUAGGGCUUUGUUCACAGUCAUUGUAAAGGCCUUGCAGAGAAUUUCAGGAUUCCCGCACCUCAGUGUGUAGAGGUACAGAAGGGUCACAACAAACCAUUCUGAGAUUUAUCCAUUGCACAUUGCUUCUGUUGGUGCUCAAAAUGUAGAAAGCAUAAGGCUUAAAAAAAAAAUAGAAUUCGUUCUCAGGCAAUGGCUUUUGAAAUUAUUGUGCGGGCGGGCAAUUUUUUGUUGUUGUUGGUUGUUCAUGCUAGUAUGUAACCAAAUUUUGAUUACAAUAAUUUCGGGGAAAUCAUGUUGUUCUUAAGUAUUGUAGCAUUCGACUGCCGGGGUCGUGUGUUUGAGAAGCGGAAUAUUUAAAAAAAAUUUUUUUUUUUUUUGAAAAUGGAAAUAAAACCGAAAACGUGCGGCAGACUUUAUGAUGAUGCGAGCGUUGCAUAAGAACCAUGACUGUUAAUUUUUUUUAGCCUUAUGUAUUAAGACUUAUUUGUCCAAAAAUGUUGAAAUAGCAAAGGUAAUUGAAAGAUAUGAAACCAUGAAAGAUUGUAGUGUCCUUGACCUUCCAUGACCUGCAGGGUGUCCAAUGGCCUGGUGAAAAAAACAUGCUCUUUUUCUGACAUAUAUUGGUUCCCGGCCCCUAUAUCUAUAAAACAGGGCCAUUAUAUUGAAUGACAAUGGGUUACCUGAUACAUAUUCAGACAAUCAGAAGAAGCUGUGUAUGGGCUGAGUAAACCGUGUGAUGUGCUGGAACAAGUAUCAGAUAUGACUGUCUGGGGUACAUUUGACAGUAUAAUGUUUGUUAUAUGUCAUGACAUAUAAGCUUUUGCAAAGUGUACUGUUGCUUUGUGAAGAAAAUAAAGCUGAAAAGUGCU